GCUCACAGUCAGCUACGUAGCAACCUUUCCUGCCAUGGCUUUCGACUGGGCAGCCUGCUAUGGCCUUGGGCUUGCGGCCCUCAUCCAGAGUGAGCAGGUCACUCCAGUCUUCAUGAACCUCUUCGUCGAACCCAAAGAGUACCACUUGGGUACCUUCGGAUCCAUUUGGAAGGAUUGGCACAGCGUCGGCUGCGCCUUUGUGGGCCUCGUGAACCUGGCUGUGGCCCGGGACGUCGACAAAACCGACUUUGCGGCGGGCGGCCGCGCGAAGAUUGCCUUCUGCAGCGCCUUCAUCUUCUUCGUGUGGGGCGCGCAGAAUACGUACUUCUGCAUCAUGAGACAGGACGUGUUCAAGAAGUUCAUGUGGUUCAACGCGUUGGCGUGCCUGGGGACUGCCGCGCUCUCAUUUCAUGCAGGGGUGUCUCAAUGAGACAAGGAACACAACUGCGGCGUUGAUUCGGGCGUCGAAUCUGACUCAGCCAUAUCCAGUGGAUCCCGAGAGAAAGACCUGUAGAGAAGCAAAGAAGCAGAAGGACAGGGAAGGGAAAACUUGAGGAAGACUUGGGGACUUACCUGCAGAACUGUGCCUCCAUUGAGGCUGUUUCUUACCCAGUCCGGCUUCUUUAUUCGCACAACUGUUUGUAAACAUUGAUUCUAGUUGCACACUGGAGUUAGAUCAGCCAUGAUUUGGCA